AUGGAAAUAAAUCCAGUAAAAUGCGGGAUACGUGUUGAACCUCCGGGAUUAGUUAUCGUGUAUAAAACAAAUGAUGAAAAAAAACUAAAAAGAAAAAUAAUACCGUUGAAAAAAUAUACGCCAUUUGUUGACGUUGACGUAACGUUUGAAAAAUUACGACAAAGGAAUGAUUUGAAACAAAUCCCAUCGAUUAAAAUAAAAAAAAUGAUAAGGUUAUUACAAGAAAUAACGAUAAAUGGUAAAACAAUGGAAGAAGGAGUUGAAAUUAUAAAAAACGAUUACGAAUUAAAAUUAAAUGAAAAUUUAAAUAAAUUAUCGACGAAAGAAUUAAACGUACAAAAAGAAUUAAUGGAUACGUUAUUUAUUAAAAAUCAAAUAAAAAAAGAUGAUGUUGAUUUUGUUUACGAUAAAAGAAUCCAAUUUUCCGGUGAAAAAAUAAAUUCCGAUUGGGAUUUCGAUUUAAACGAUAAUAAUAAUAAUAAUAAUAACGAAGAUUUUUGGACUUAA